AUGCAACAGGAUUAUUUACCGCCGCCGCCGCCGCUGGGUUACGUUCAUAUUCAAGUUCAUCCAAAUAUCGCGAUAUUCACCGUCCCCCAACGAUAUCGAUACGUCGAAUAUCUCGGAAGAGGCUCACAAGGCCAUGUAAUACAAGCAUUCGACACAGUUCUACGUCGAUACGUAACAAUUAAGAAGCUUGAUCUACCUCUCGAAACGAAUGAUCGAAACUUGCAUAAAAGAGCACACCGCGAGUUGCAUUGUAUGCUCAAUUUACGACACGAAGCGAUUGUUCAAUUUUACAGCGUCUUUACUCCGUAUCAAAACCGAGAUAGCAUGGAGAAUUUUUAUAUCGUUAGGGAGUUUAUGGACGGAACAAUGGAGAUCCUUCGCAGAGAGCAUUAUUCUGCUCUCGAUCACGACUAUGUGCAGAAAAUACUAUUCGAUAUUUGCAAAGGAGUUCGAUAUUUACAUUCUUGCGAAAUUAUCCAUAGAGAUCUCAAACCGGAAAACAUUUUAAUCGACGAAUCGGUGAAUGUGAAACUUUGCGAUUUCGGAAUUUCGAACGAAACGAAUCCGCUGGUAUUUACGCCAUAUCUUGUCAAUCGCUGCUAUCGAGCUCCCGAGGUUUUGUGCCAAAUUUAUCAUCAAGAUCAGCAAUAUGGUCCAAAAGUCGAUGUAUGGUCUAUUGGAUGCAUUUUGGGCGAAAUGCUCACCGGUCGAGUUCUUUUCCAAGCGCGAGACCAUGUCCAGCAAUUUCGGAAAAUGCUCGAGAUGCUUGGAACACCCGAUGAGGACUUCUUUGAGAAACUCGACGAACCCGUUAAGCUUUUCCUUCGCCAAUUUCCAGAGUAUCCAAGAAGGAACGCUAUUGAAAUUUUUCCCGAUGAAUCGUUUUUGCCGCAAUAUCGAACUAGUAAGGAACGAUGCGAAUCAGCUCGAGAUUUGCUCAGUCUUAUGCUCCACAUUGAUCCCGCCUACCGUAUAUCCAUUGAAGAAGUGUUCAACCAUGUGUAUUUAAUCGAGCACAUCGAAAACGACGUGCAACCGGAAGUGAGAGCAGAAGAUCGCCGAGCACGGGACGGAUAUGUGAUGCAGGAAUACCUCGAUCCCGAAUCUUUCCGCUCAUUGAUUUUUCAACUGGUCAAGAAUUUUGAAGCAAAAAACGAUAUAUUUAGAAGUUGA